UGAACUGUCUCAGUGUUUGAACGUUGCAAUGAGUGGUGGUUUUGAUAAGUGUCUUCUCAAAGAAUUCAGUCAAAUUCGCGAGCAUCACACAAAGAUAUAUCUGGAUAAUUAUGGACACUUGUUGACAUGGAAACCGAACGAAUUUAUCCUGGAUAUUGGCUGUGGAUCUGGCGAUAUAACGCACAAAUUAAUUUAUCCUCUUCUCCCUGAGGAUUUUCAGCAGUUAGUUUGUUCAGACAUCUCUGGAGAUUUGCUUGAAGUGGCUGAAAUACAGUUCAAAGGAAUACCCAAAGUUUCCUUCGACAUUUUGGAUAUUUGCAGUGAAUUGAAAGAUCAUUGGAAGGAUAAAUUUAACCACAUCUUCAGUCUCUAUUGCUUAAUGUGGGUUAAAUGCAUUAAGACAGCUUUUCGCAACAUUUACAGCCUCUUAGCCAAUGAUGGAGAGUGUUUUCUGAUAUUUGUGGACAAGCAUGAUUUGAUAGAAGUUGUGUUUAAUCUUCUGGACAAGCCAAAGUGGGCAAAAUUCGUCCCGAAUCCUGGCGAAACUUAUCCUUUUCCGUACAGAAAAGAUCGCAACACUGUUGAAACCAUAAUAAAUAGUAUGAAAUCUGCUGGAUUUUGUGAUAUUCGAGUUCAUCUUGAGACCAUUUAUUACACGUUUAAAACUGAAGAGGAGUUUUUGGGAUUUUUCAAAUCACUUCCCAAUCCAAUGCAUUUGAUGACUGCUGAAGAACACCAAGAAUACUUAAAGGAAGCUGUUGAGAGCGCUCGCUCGAAGAAGAUCAUAAAUGAAGCUGGUGAAGAUAGAAAAACCGGUGGUUUUGGUAAUUAUGUAGUGGUUUAUGCGAAAAAAGAAUAAAUGAAUUUUUAGAGCGCAUUUAAUUGAUAAAUAAUUGCAUAUUUAAACAAAUCAUAACAACCGGCAUGCAAUGUAUUUAUUAUGAAACUCAUUACAAGAUUAAUAAUUAUAAAUAAUAAUGGGCAUGAUAAUAUAAUGUAAAUAAUGUAAAAAAAAGAUCAUUACGCAUGCGAUAAUUUACAAAUGAAAGAAAGAAACACACUUGGCUAAAAAAUGUAUAAUUUUAGAGUUAAUAGAUUAAUUAUUGUGUUCAUAGCGUAAUUCAUGAUAAUGGUUUAACGUUUAAUGAUUAAAUGGGGGUUAUAAAGUGGGGUAAUUAAGUAACAUCAGACGUGAUAUGAAGAAUUGCGUGUGUAUUUUUG